AUGACAUCACCCUACAGCUCCCUAUUGCGGACCCUCCAUUAUGCCACCAGCCGCACCUUGCACAACCUCGACGAGGUUGCGGCGCUGGUGGAAGCCGCGGAGAAGCUGUCCUCCUCCCGCUAUCACCGCCUCGCAUCGCCGUGGGAUCUGCCGAAACUACUCUCGUCCGCGUUACGCACGCAGCUCAACACACGCAUGUGUUCGUCUGCAGCGGUGGCUAGCAGUGUCAGUACAGUCUCUCUGUGCCGCGUGCUGGCAACAGCGUGGCGGCUGUGUCCGCUGGUGACGCUACCGUUGCCUAGUGUCGCCGAUGAUGACAUCUCACCGGCCAGCGUCGCAUCGCUUCUGUCGCUCACCGAUGAGGACGUUGUGCGGGUGGGGCGGGAGAUGGCCUCGCUGGCGAACGCUCCAGGUUCUUCGGACGCAGCGGAGUCGCCUGCUUGUGGCACGGCGAUCGCUGUUGUGACGUCGCUGCUGCUCUACUGGCACAUGCUGUCCAGCGAGGCACAGGAAGCCACUGCAAAGGGUGAGGAAAUGUUUCGGCGGGUGUCGACGACAGUGUGGCGGUGUUUACAGCAGUGGACCACAGCUAACGGCUGUAAUGAGGUGCGUCGUAGACUCCUCACAACUUGGGUGAACACGGUGCUGCGGCGUGCACUACAGUGUACGAGUGGCCUGUGUGUGGUGAGCGCCGUGACGCUGCUGGACACUGUCGCGCAAUCGCGCACGGAUUUGACGAUGUCCAUGACUUUCACCUCAAGCGGUCUAUCGAACAGUGGACUCAGCGAGUCUUGGGUAAGGCUGCACCUGCGCGUCUGCCAAUAUGUAAUGGAGGACAUGCGCACGCACCAAGCGGCCUUCAGUACAGAGUGGAGUCGCUCCGUCGCACCGGUGCUCACUCGCGCCUUCGCGCAGGAGCCGUCUUUGCUAUCCCCCUCCUUUAGCAAUGUGGUGCAGUUUGCCGAGCCGCUGGACGCUUCGCUGGGUGAACUGAUGCGUGUGGUCCACCGUGUGCGGCGGUGCGCACUCAGCAGUAGUGCCGCAGCACAGGCGGGCGAGCACGCCUCGUGGGUGAGUGCAAAUACCCUAGAGCCGCUCCUGUGUUUGGCAACUCUCUCGCAGCGACUGGCUGCAACGGGGGUACCGGUCGUGUCCUUCACGACGGCCGAAACUUAUCGCACAUGCGUGGCGCCGCUAAUUGCGGUGUCACUUCGCUGGGGCCUUGUUGCAGAGGCGUGUGCGCUGCUCGACUGGUUCACCGACGCGUUGGAUGACCGUGGAGCGCAGUGGCAGCGGCGCUUGCAUCAAAUCCUGGACGGUAUUACACUAGAUGCGGCCUCUUCCGCGCCAGCGGCCACCUUGACCGGGUCGCGCGAACGAGAGGGAGGUCUGCCGUACAUCAAGUGUCUUGAAGAACUUCAGUGCACCUCCUCCACGGCUCUGGAUGUGCUGGCCACUUCUCACGACAUCAGGCAGCUGCGGCCGGUAUGUGACGCCCUCCUGCGCCACCACCCUUCUGAGUGGGCCACGGAGGUGCUACAGGACUCGUUUGCCUCAUUCUUUGUUCUCGGUGGACUCACACGCCUGAUUGAUGCGCUGUUACAGGCACGUGAUGCCCCGCUGGCACGCUUCUACGUGACGUUGCUGGGGCGCCUCCUCCCGCGUUGCGCCUGCCCAACACAACUCGAAGCACUGCUGCGACUUGUGCACCGCCUUGCCACCGUGCUCACCACCACCCACCUCUCCGCGGCGGACUACGCCGCUCCUGGAAGCCGCUACGGAACAGCCUUGGCGGGGUGGCGACAUCUGAAGAUCACCCUCGAGCACGUGUGCGCAGAGCUUUUCGAUUGUGACGACGUGGGCGGUGCAGGGCACCUCGGCUGGCCACGGCAGAGCACUGCGGGUCUUGCAUGGGACGCUCGGAAACGUCUUCAAGGUUUUUGCGGGCACAGCAUCACUCUCAGCGGAGUAGAGAGCGCUGAUGCCGCCGCUUCUGCUCAGGUAAUGUCCAACUAUCCUGCGGUCACCCUGGGCACCCUUGUGGAACUCUGCUACGCCCCUGCCGGUUCUCAGAGUGAAAAAGAGGGGCAGCUGUGGCUCCGACGCACUCGGGUCAGCACCACGUGUUCCUCAGGGGCGCAGCACACGCAAGAUCAGCAGCUGCCCAACCUAGUGGUACGCUGCCCUGUUGGGGAGGCACUACAGGCUUGCGCAGCUGAGAUGGCAGACGUGAUGAGCCAAAACCGAGCGCAACUAGUGCGAGGCAUCGCAAGCGCAGUCGGGGAGACGGGCCGGUGCCUUGACAACCAAAGCUCAUGUGAGCUUGCCACAGGCACAAGCUGCAGGUGGAAGCAAGCGGGCAACUGUGCCGCGGCGCCGACCGAAACGAAUCCUCAGCGGCAGCAACGGCUCAAAGAGGUGUGGUGGUGUGAACGGUUUGAGCUUGACAGUCGUAUUGGCCGGGUUGCAGUGUCGAUGCAAGACGCCCUCGGGGCGGCGCAUAUGCUGCUGCUCGGCGACCCCAGUCCCUCCCUCAGUGGCCAGCUGCAAGCACUGGCGGUACGCUUCGCCUCCGAGUGCAUGCGUCUCCGCGGCGACAGUCGAUGCCCUCCUGUUGACGCCAUGCAGCGCGUCACUCUGCAGGUUCUUGUGGCGGCUCCGUACCUGUGGAGAGAUAAGACACAAUCUCGUGGGAAGAUCACGUGCUGGUACGGCCCACGCAACGCACGCAGUUGCAUGUGUUGUACGCAGACAGUGAAGCGCGCGCAGAGGACAUUGCUCGAGGCGGUCACGUCGCUAGGACAGCUGGUCGUAACCGCUACAGCGGCAGCUGCUGAGUCAUCGUCGUCAUAUGCACUCGCUAGUGAGCCGGGGCGCCUGGAGGAAUGCUGGCUGGGGCUGUUGGUGGAUAAGGCAGUACAGUGUGUUGUGGAAGAAAUGGUACCGGCAGUGCUGGACGCGUACUACCGCGAGCUCAUGCCAGACGCCGCCACCACUGCGCCGAGUGAUGGUGGGGAAUGUCAUCAUCACCAUGCGAACUUGCUUCUUGUCUCUCGCGAGCACGUGUAUGUGGUACUGGACGGAGAGCUGCACGCGUUGCCUUGGGAAGCCCUGGAUGUGUGCCAAGAGCGCAGCAUGUCUCGCGUGCCGUCGUGUGACUACCUGAAGUUCUACAGCACGGACUCGUCGGCCGUAUCCCUGCGACGCUCCUUUGUCUACCGCGAUGACGAGGCUCUGCAACACAGCUCCUCCAGACUUACAGAUCUCAUCGCGAAGCACUCGCAUUGGGAGGUGGCCUACGGAGAGACGCUGCAGGCGGCAGCGGCGGCGGCGCGGAGUGACGGCAAUACAAUCGCUUCGCCGCUAAUGCACCGCCUCCUUUCCCAGUCCAAGGCCUCGAGCGAUCGCAUUGACACAUUCGUGUACGCGGGGCACAAGGGUGGGGAACACCUGGUGCCUCGCAGUGCGCUGUACGACUGGAUUCCAGCUGCAGCUGGCGUGCCCCCGGUGUUGGUGCUGCUGAUGGGCUGCAGCUCUGCCCGUAUGCAAGCCAGCGCGCUCUAUGACUGUUUUGGCUUGCCCUUCGCGUACCUUAGCGCAGGCGUGUCGUGCGUUCUGGGUUGCCUGUGGGACGUCACGGACGCCGACAUUGACCGCCUUACCUGUCGCUUUCUACAAGUAGCCAGUCAGACGAUGGAGGAUGGCAAAUGCAUAACCAUUGGGGAGUGCCUGGCAGUGGCGCGCCGGGCCUGCAAGUUGCAUUACCUGACCAGCAUGGCAACCGUCUUCUAUGGGGUGAACUGUUACGUGGAGGCUACGAGGGAAGAAGACAACAGGGCUUCUGCGUGA